UCGUGAAUAAUUAUCACAAUAAAAAAAAACCACAACUUUGAAACCCGAAUUCCAAAGUUAACAAAACAAUUCCCUUUGAAAAUGCGCACCAAAAUUAUUUGAUUUAAAAAAAAUACCAAAAAUGAGAACGGAAAUUACAAAGAUUAUCGAAUGCAAUCAUAAUUAUAACUCGUAGCAUUCCAGCCGAGUUUUCAUUCUUUCGGAAAACCACACGAAAACAUUCCAGUGGCAAACAGGUUGCCAUAAAGCCGAGAGCAGCAACAACAACAACCACACCGUUAAGGGAAAACCAAACACGUGCACAGAAAGGAAAAGGUUAACAACACAACAACCAACGCCAGCUAAAAUAAAAAUAAGAAAAAAACAGCCAAACAGCAGCGGUAACAGCACUACGUUCUUCCUUUUUUUUAUUUUGAACAAACACAGAGAAAUAAACCAAAUUUUAAAACCGCGCGCUAACUGAAAAAAAGGAAAAAUUCGAAUAUAAAACGGCGGAAAAUAAAAAACGGAUAUAAAAGAAUUUCAAGCGUUUGGCAUUUUGUCAACCAGUAAAGGGCCAAGUGACGAAGAAAAAAAAAAGAAAAAAAACGAGGGAGAGGCGCACAAGUGGCUGCAACAAAGGUUUCCCCCAGAACCACCGAACCUGCAACCUCUGACACCCCAAAAAAAUAAAAUAAAAAAUCUACCUUCGGCCGGAAAACGCUUGUUUCAGCACGCGAGCGAAGAAGACGGGACGAGAGCAAGGGAAAGAGAGGGAGAUAGGGGCAAGAAACAACAGCGGCAGCAACAACAAAACAAACAGCUCUAUGCCGGCACCAAGAUGAGACCAGGCCGAACGACAAAAGCAACAACAGCAGCGACCACGCCCCUGCUCCUGCUACUCCCACUAAUCCUGGGAGGUGUGCACUUGGCCCACGCCCAGUGUCCUUGGCAGAGGGAUGUGCCCGACCUGCAGACGAGCUGCAUCUGCGCCUACAACUUGGGCAGGGAGCUAUCCGUGCAAUGUGAUCAGGUGGAUUUCCCGCAACUCCUGGAUGCGAUGAACACCCAUGCACGGCUGAAACCGGUGGAUUUGCUGUACGUAAACAACUCCACGAUUGUGGAGCUGCCCGAGGCCAUUUUCAGCAAUUUGAGCCUGCACAAUGUGCAGCUCUCGAGUUGCGGCAUCCAGAGGAUAGCGAGGGGUGCGUUCAAGGGUCAGGAGUCGGUGCUGCGGAAUCUCAAUCUGCAGGAUAAUCUGCUGGCUGAUGUGCCAGUUGAGGCGCUGAAGGUGCUGGGCAAACUAAACCUGCUGGAUCUGUCCAAAAAUCAGCUUAGCCAAAUAAACGACGAUGCCUUUGUGGGUUUAACAAAGCUCUCCACGCUGAAACUGAACGAUAACAAUGUUACCUUGGCCGGCAAUGCAUUUAGGGGAUUGGAACAGAGCUUGAAGAACCUAAAUCUGAAGGGAACCAAACAGCGCAAGGUGCCCGAAAGUAUUAGGGGUCUGAGGAGCCUGGCUUUUCUCGAUCUAUCGCAAAAUGGCAUCAAAGAGCUGCCCGGUGCCGGUGGCAUUCGAGUGUUCGAUGGUCUGGAUGCCCUGACAGCCCUCAACUUGGAGAGGAAUCUCAUCCAGAGCAUUGGCGAAACGGCAUUUGCGGGUGUGCGCAAAACAUUGAGCUCGCUGAGUUUGCUCAACAAUCUGCUGGCCGAGUUUCCCAUUGGCGCCGUUCACUCGCUCAAGGAGCUGCGUGUCCUGGACAUCGGCUUCAAUCUGCUGACCACUCUGCCGGAGGCUGCCUUCCGGGGAAAUCCCGGCAUCACGCUGCUGGCCUUGGAUGGAAAUCCAUUGAGCAGUGUGCCCGAGGGAGCAUUCGCCCACCUGAAUGCCACAUUGCGAGGACUUUCGCUCGGAGGCAGAUUCCUGCACUGCGAUUGCAAGUUGCGCUGGGUGGCCGAGUGGAUUCGCAAUGGUGACUUGCAGGUAACAUCUCGAGAACGGAAUCCGCAGUUUUGUGGCACCCCACCACGUUUCCGGGACCGGGGCUUCUACUCGAUUCAGCCGGAGGAGCUGAGUUGUCCGGACAUUGCCGAUGCCGCCCUGCGAGGACCUGUUGGCCUGGCCGAUAACCUGAAGCCCACUCAGUCCGCAUCCCCCGAUUCCGUGGAAUAUGAGACGGGUACGGGUACUGGUACGGGAACUGGUACAGUGGGCACUGGCACAGUGGGCACUGGCACAGCAGCCUCUGCACCUGUGUCGAGCAUUGUGAGCAGCUCCACUUCCACAACGACGGCCACAACAACGACAACGACAACCACAGCAGAACCAACAACCAAACGCAGCACGACUCGACCACCUACCAAGUCAACGGCUGGUACCUCAGCCACCACAGCUUCGCCAGCAACGAAUCUCUCGGUGAAUGGAACGGGCACCGUGCAGGCCACCUCCAUUACCACCAGCAGUAGCUCCUCCUCCUCCUCCUCGUCGUCUUCAUCCAGUGGUCAUGGAAAUGGCAAUGGGAAUGGCAAACAGGCACCAGGAUGGCGCCAAGGAGUGACCACUGGCAAUGGGGGAAAUAAUGGAGGAGUAGGAGCUGGAGGUCUUCACAAGCCGCAGCGGCCACCACUUGUCUUGGGCUAUCCACCGCAGAGGGGAACUCGCAUCGACGAUGCCAACGAAGUGCAGGUGAAGCACGCAUUCCGGCAGGACAGUUCCGUGAUCAUCCAGUGGGAUUCGGACACGGCCAAUAUACUGGGAUUCCGGGUGGUGUAUCGCCUGUUCGGCGAGAAGGCCUUCAAACAGGGUCCACCCCUGGAGUCCAGUGAAAGGGAGUUCAAGAUCAAGAACGUUCCCGCCCAGGAGUGCAUUAUUGUGUGCGUCAUCUCGCUGGAGGAGCUGCAUGUCACCCCCGAAACAGUUCCCUAUCAGCAGUGUCGCGAAGUGAGGACUGUGGCCUCGCAGGCCUCCAAUAUGGAUAAGAUUACCAUUGCGGCCAGUGCAGCCAUUUGUGGCACCAUCAUUGUGGCCGUGAUUGUGUUCAUCGCUGCCAGCAGACGUUCCCGCAAACUGCAGAACAGCCAGCAGAAGAGUCCGCUGCCAAUUGGAGGUCUGCCCGUUAAUUGCUGCGGUCCGACCGGUUCACCGGGACCACUUGGCUCCAUUGCAACGCUAUCGGCAUUUAACAAUCACAAGGAAUGGGAUCAGGUGUCAGCCUACAGUGGUCGCUCGAUACCGAGGCCCAGGAUUUAUCCAGUGGAACAACCGGACGACAUGCGAAGUCACUUCUCCGGAAUGCCCGGCAAAGUGGGCAAAUCAAGUAGAUCCCUGGCGGAUGGACAGUCGCAGCACAGUUUUUCGAAUAAUUCGCAUCGCGGUUAUUUGGGCAGUGCCUUCCCCUCGAACUUGGUGAAUUCCCGGCCGGAAUUGCGACAAUCCCGGCAAUCCCUGGCCGCCGCCUCGGAGCGAAUGUCCCGUGCCUCAUAUGCGGGAUCGAUUCACGGGGGCGGUGGAAACGGAGGAGGAGGCGGUGGCCUCGGCGGCGGAAACGGAGGAGUGGGAGGCGGUGGCCUCCCCGUGAGCAGCCUGAUGGCCAUGAGCGGCAUGGUCGGCGGCGGCGGACCCGCGAGCAUUGCCUCCAGCGCCCGAAGAUCGCGACCGCGUUCCAGGUCACGCGAACAACUGAACGCAACCCACAUACAUAACCAUCGACCAGGAAGUCGAUACUCGCAGGCGGGAUCGACGCACACGCUGAAUAACUACUGCGAUACAUCGGACAAUUGGACCGAUCACGACAUGGACAUAUAUAUGGCCCGGAAUCCGACGACGCGAAAUGGAUUAGUGCCAUUAUGAGGG